AUGUCGAAUACUUACAACCGAGGGUAUCAAGGUCCUGCAUUUGGCGGGCGACGUAAUAGCAGGGUUAGGUCCAUUGCCACCGACGACGAACGACUAGCAGUGGAAGAGGGAAUUUUAGGAAAUCGAUCCAACAUUAGUACAGGAACAGAAGCGAAUGGAAGCCGUUUGAGUCGGAUUGCCUCCGUAAAAAGUGGAGCAGGCGUUAGCCAACGUUGUCCUAUUGCUGCAGAUGCUACUUCUGGUGCUGGUAUGGGUGAUGGUAGCGGUAAUUCUACGCACUCCGGAGAUAUUGUUUACGACAGCCAGCAUCAUCAGCGUCUUGUGGCUCCACUCCACGACCCCAGUGGGAAACCAUUUCGUAGACAUGGAUCUGAAACGAUUGGUGAGUUGCUUUUACAUCCUCUGAAAGAAUUUCAAUUGCAUCAAAAGCGUUCCGAAGCCUAUGAAGCAGAAAAGGUAUCCUGGAACGAGAAGCAUCCAGAGGCUAUAGCGACUGAUAUGGACGAAGUGAGAAUUGAAAAUGAUGCACCACUAAUUGAAAAAGAGAAGGAAGAGUUGCGCCUUUUCAAAGAUACAGAUGAUUUCAUUGACUUUUUAGAAAAGACAAAAAGAAAUUAUUCUGUCAAGAUUCACAAAACUGUUAAAAUUAAGAAACAACUCGCUUCAGCAAAAAGUGACCUAUUUCAUGAUUCAUCAAAAAGCUCAUUUGAUAUGGGAGAAAGAAACAAUACCAAUUCAUCACAUUCGGACUCUGGCAAUAACCUUUCCGACGAUAGUAGUACGAAAGCAUACCCUCACAAUAACCGAUUACCCACUGAUCUAUUGAUCGACUUGAAUGACAAUGUUUAUAUCCAAAUACAAUUUAUUCCUAUUAUUCAACAUCACGCUGAAAAAAAGCAGAGAAAAGCUAUCUUUGCAGUACCUGAUCCAGACCUUUCGGAUGAAAUUGGAGAAGAAUCUUCAGCCACUUGGGUGGAGCUUUUUGGAGAUGUAUUCUAUGUGGGUUGGUUAAGCCAAUUUACACACUCAGUUCAUAUUGACAGUUACAGUAACUUGAACACAUAUGCGGCAUGGUUUGUCGUUAUGUGGUGGACAUGGUGCUCCAGUGCUCUAUAUUCAUCGCGGUAUGACAGACAAGAGUUAUGCGGGCUAAUUAUUAUGGCCGGUUCAAGUAAUAAGGCAAAGUUCGAAGCAACACCCAAAUGGUUUAUCAUCGGUUACAUCAUCAUGAAAGCCGUUUUACUAUUUCAAUAUUUUGUGAUUUUCGUCGUAUCCCUCGGAGCACAUUUCAAAUCUUCUCGUCGCCCUUUGGGUAUAUAUGUUUUAGCAAGUGCUAUCUCCAUCGCUAUGUGGGGUGUGUCCCUCCUUUACACAUCACAAGCCGACAUGGGAAAGAGAUAUACCUUAUGGUACGUCAGUAUCGGUAUGGAACUGUUGGUUCAUUUAUUUUUACAAGGUAAUAGCCGUGUAUCUCUUGCUGCUAGUCAUUUGGGUGAGCGAUUUGGUCUCUUUACCUUGAUCAUCCUGGGGGAAAAUUGCAUGGGCUUUAUCAAAAUGGUAGCUGAAGGAGACUCCACACCAAGCACUAUUGCGUGUAAUGUGUUUGGGGUAACAAUCAUCUUUUGCUACUUCUUUAUGUACUUUGAUGAUUUUAGCGGUGAAUUUAUGGCUCGAACGCGACUGAGCCAGUUAUGGAUGUACUUGCAUUUCCCACUCCAUCUAUUUCAGGUGGCAUUUGGUAUUGCUUUGACUGAGAUUAUUUCUAAUCAUACCUUACAAAAGGAUACAGCAGCUUAUUUAACUGCGGCAUUACAAGCAUGCGCUUCAGCUGUAUCAGGUCAUGCAACAGGGGAAGAGCAUACGGCGCAAAAACCAGCAACAGCCGCAGCAGAACAUUAUUCAGUCCUUUCCUUAUCGGCGGAGGCUGGAUCGCAUUCUUCUGGUGAAGCAGCAGGUCAUGGUGAUUGUGAUCCUUCAUUUUCUAUUAAAAUCUUCUGGAUCACUGCCGGGCUGAUUUUGUGCUUCAAUGCGUUCAUCAAACUGGUCAAUACACCUGUUAAUAAAGCGAGUCUCAAGGCAUACAUCAUUUGCUCUUCGCGUAUACUGAAUGCCGUCGUCUUUUUUAGUCUAUCGACCAUCACAUACGCUCACUUGGAUGGAUUAGGCAUGGUCUCCGUGAUGAUGGCUUGUUUGUUAUUCCAAUGUUGCACCCCAAGUUACUGGAAUAUGAAUGAUGCUCUAAUUGACUCCAUUCGUUGGUUGUUAGCAGAUCGAGUUUAUUACAUGAGUGCGUGA